UUGCAGAUCUUAACUGAAAACUUAAAUCAACAGAUAGGAAUAGAACUAUUACUAUUACGAAAUCCACCUGGAUGCUUGAAGGACAUAGGAAAGGAUGAGCUAUUACGGCAGCAGCUAUCCGAUUGUAAACGUGGACCCCAAAUACCCAGGCUACCCCCCAGAGCACAUCAUAGCUGAGAAGACAAGAGCCAGAAGACGUCUGCUCCACAAAGAUGGCAGCUGUAAUGUGUACUUCAAGCACAUUUUUGGAGAAUGGGGGAGCUACGUGGUUGACAUUUUCACCACCCUCGUAGAUACCAAGUGGCGGCACAUGUUUGUGAUAUUUUCUUUAUCCUAUAUUCUCUCCUGGUUGAUAUUUGGCUCUGUCUUCUGGCUCAUUGCCUUUCAUCACGGUGAUCUGUUAAAUGAUCCACACAUCACACCUUGUGUUGACAACGUCCAUUCCUUCACAGGGGCGUUUUUAUUCUCCCUGGAAACCCAGACCACCAUAGGUUACGGUUACCGCUGUGUCACUGAAGAAUGCUCUGUGGCCGUGCUCACGGUGAUCCUUCAGUCCAUCUUGAGCUGCAUCAUAAAUACCUUCAUCAUUGGAGCCGCCUUAGCCAAAAUGGCAACCGCUCGAAAGAGAGCCCAAACCAUUCGGUUUAGCUAUUUUGCACUCAUAGGGAUGAGGGACGGGAAACUCUGCCUCAUGUGGCGCAUUGGUGACUUCCGACCAAACCACGUGGUAGAAGGCACAGUGAGAGCCCAACUUCUCCGCUACACAGAAGACAGCGAAGGGCGGAUGACGAUGGCCUUUAAAGACCUAAAGUUGGUGAAUGAUCAGAUCAUUCUUGUCACACCAGUAACUAUUGUUCAUGAAAUUGACCAUGAGAGCCCUCUGUAUGCCCUUGACCGAAAAGCAGUGGCCAAAGAUAACUUUGAGAUUUUGGUGACAUUUAUCUAUACUGGUGAUUCCACGGGGACUUCCCACCAAUCCAGAAGUUCCUACGUUCCCCGAGAAAUUCUCUGGGGCCACAGGUUCAAUGACGUCCUGGAAGUUAAGAGAAAGUAUUACAAGGUGAACUGCUUACAGUUUGAGGGGAGCGUGGAAGUCUAUGCCCCCUUCUGCAGUGCCAAACAACUGGACUGGAAAGACCAGCAGCUCCACAACAUGGAAAAAACCCCUCCGGUCCGAGGACCCGGCCCGUCAGACACCAAGGUCAGAAGAAGGUCAUUUAGCGCGGUUGCCAUUGUCAGCAGUUGUGAAAACCCGGAGGAGACCACCACCUCGGCCACGGAUGAGUGUAAGGAAGCACCUUAUCAGAAAGCUGUCUUGACUUUAAAUAGAAUCUCUGUAGAAUCCCAAAUGUAG